CUGGGGGUAUUAAUCCAGCCUUGGUCUGAAUGUCGAAUAUAAAACCAAAUUCACUGCAGUCAGACAGCAAGAGACAUGUCGCCUGUGGGUGCAUAACCCCGCUAAAGAGGCUUUUCCUCUGGCAGAAACCACAAAACCACCAAGACACCCACGCCCUUUAAGCCAGUUUGGUGAAGUUGCACCCAAGCCCCGCCUUCAUAUGCUGCUGCUGCGAGUAAACACGCUGAUCACAAGGAGCGCAGGUACACCGGUCCGUUUAACAUUUGAAGAGAAAAGACACAUGGCUGAUUCCACCUCAGAUCCUUUGGUCAGUUUCGAGGGGGAUCUGGACAAAAUGUCAAGCCAACCCGGUGAACAAAUGGACGAGAAACGCAAAAGUGACCAAGCAGGCAUAUGCGCCCGGCACAGCCAGACCCUGAACAUGUUUUGCAGCCAGGAUGAAGAGACAAUCUGCCACAGCUGCUGGGAGAGCGACCACACAGACCACCCCAUCAAACCCCUGAGAAGAGCCCGGGAGGAUCUGGAGAGAGAGGCGGCCUCGGCCCUCGACCUCCUAAGGGAAGAGCUCGGUCAGGUGGAGAGCCUGCGGGCGAGGCAGAACGAAGUGACCACCUCAAACCGAUUGAGGAACAUCAAGCUCCGGGCGAAGAUCGGCUCCCAGUUUGAGGAACUCCGAGAAGAGCUGAGGCAAAAGGAGGAGCUGGCCAUGAUGGAGAUCGACUGGUUGAACAAGGAGGCGCAGACCACGCUGGCUGCCUUCGACAGGGUGCUGUUUGAGGGCAGGGAGAGGGAGGCCGCGCUGCAGGCCAGCCUGGACAUCACCGGGUUUGAGGACUUUCUGAGAUGGUGGAAGGAGGCGGGCUGCGGCCACAAGAAGACCAGGAGCUCCCUGACAGGAUGCUGUCCGGGCCUGAGUCCUCUGCUCCCCCAAUACCAGAGCUCCCUUUACAGUUUUAGUUCCACUUUGGGAAACCAAGCAGAAUCGUCUGAAAGCCUUUUGAAUUUUGUAAACUUUGUUGGUAUUGAAAAAAACAUCCGGAUGACAAUAAACCCGCAGAGUCAAAACACCUUAAUCCAGGAAGGCUUUCACUUCACACAAGUCUUUGGCCAGUCCAACACCGGAUUUGGAGCACCUUCAUUUACAGGUUUCAGUUUUGGAAACUAAAAUGACACAUGCAGAGAAGCUUUGGUUGGAGAAAAAAAGCCAUGCGUCAUAUUGAGUUACCUUGCUUACCUUUGUGCAUCGCUGUGAUUGGACUGCGGUGACCAUUUCUGUUGUGGCUGCCAUCAGAAUGGGAUAUCAUCCAGGAAGUUUGCAACAUCCACCAGUACAGUUUGAAACAUAACCUAGGUUGAGGAUGCUCUGUUGUCAGCCAUGCUACAGAGGUGCUGGUGUGAACAGGAACAGCAGUUCAAACAACAAUGUGUAUACUGCACUUGAACUUCCUCAGUCUCAUUCCAUACUUCAAAUAUUAAACUAUCAUCCAUCCAUCCAUCUAU